AUGGGAUUAAAGUAAGUUGUUAAAUCUCAUAUUGAUUCCUAAAUAAAGUAAUCAGUUAAGUAUGUUAGUAGAUCUAUACCUUUGAUUAGUAUAAAGUAAUUAUCUUAUUAGCACAAAAAUAAGGUAAUCAAACUGUAUAUGAAUACAAAAGUUAGUUGUUAAAAUUCAUCUCCCUUCAUUCCUAAUAUUUUAAAGCAUUUUUAAUAAACUUAAAUUAAUCAAUAAGGCAGUGAUUUUAAUUAAAAACAUGUAAACAAUGAAGUAUAAUCGCCUAGUCAUAGUUAAGCAUUAACGUCAAUAUCUGAUAUAGUAGUUCUAGAUAAUGCAAGAUAAUCGAAUAUGCUUACUAAUUUCAAACACAAAUAAGGGUUAGAAUUAUAAUAGGAAGGAUUCAAGUUAACAAUUGUUGAAAUAUAAAAGUUGAAAAUAUUAAAAAAUCAAAAAAAUUUCAUUAGGAAAACGAAUAAUUUCAACCUUUCAUUGAAUUCCAGGAUAUUUUCAUACGAAAAUGGAAUUUAUACUAGGGCAAAAUUGGAAUGA